AUGAGUCAAGUUCAGUAUGUGGUUAGUAUGGCUUCGGCCAAUGUCAACUCCCUUCACGCAGGACCAGAUGGCUACAGUGGUAAACUUCAAUUUAUCAGAGACCAGAUGAGAGGCUUGCAUUUGAACUUUCUGGGCAUCCAGGAAUCCAGAACCGUGGAAACGUGCACGUGCACUGAUGAGGUGCUGCGAUUAGGUGGGGGUGCUGACAAAGGACAUCGUGGCAUCGAGCUCUGGGUCAAUUUGCGUCAGCCCAUCGCCUAUGUUCGCAACAAACCAGUUUUUCUGAAUAAACAACAGAUUGUGGUAGUGCACAAAACCCCGAGAGUCUUGCUUGUCCGAAUUGCUCAUGACAUUUGGUCGGCAUGGAUCCUUGUGGCACAUGCACCUCAGAGUGGUCAAACAGAUAGACAGAGAACCGUUUGGUGGGAUUCACUCAAUGAAAUGCUUCAUCAGCACAUUGCGCCAGGUGAACUGUUUGCUCUUAUCGAUGCUAAUGCAGCAGCAGGACCCACGGACGGCAUCAGUGUGGGGCCUUUGGGAAUGGACACCACGAAGUCAACUGCUCUUUUUCGAUCUUUUCUGGCUGAAUGGGGACUGGCGCUCCCGUGUACAUUUUCCUGUCAUCAGGGACCCAGAGACACUUGGUGCAGCCCAGAUGGAACGAUCCAAGCAUGUAUUGACUAUGUCUGUGUUCCUCAGCACCAGCUUCCUUCUUGUAAGCUUUCACGCACAGUGCCUGAGUUGGACCUUGGCAAUAGGGAUGUGGAUCAUUCUGUUGUAGCUAUCCAGAUGGAAUGGCACUCCUUGGCUGUGGAGCUGGCCCAAUUCACUGUUCCUGAAUGGAGUACGGCAGCACAUGCGCAAGUGGAAAGACACAAUGCUCAUGUUCAUUCAUGUUUGCACGCAGUGAAUCCUCCAUUGCCUAAGAAAGCCAAGAAGAGUUUCAUAACGGAUGCUAUCUGGAUCCUUCGUGAUGACAAACUCCACCAAAAGAGGAAAGUACAGGACAUUGGCAGACGCAUCAGGGCUGAGACUCUCCGUGCUGUCUUUGUUGCCUGGAGAACCAGAGACCAGCAGUGGCACACCGAGCACUCCGUGAUUUUUCACAGAUAUCAAGUUGCCCUCACAUGCUGGAAAUUGUUUCAUGGAGUUCAACUGCAUGUUACUGCCAAGGAUCUCAAGAAAAGAUUGAAAGACGCACGCAAAAAAGCACUGGCAGUGGAUCUCACGAGCCUCUCUCCAGAGGCGGAGGCAUCAGAGGCGUUGAAAAUUGUCAAACAGCACAUAGGGCCGACCAACCCCAAGUUGCUGAAGAAACCAGUGCUACCUAUGCUCCAAAGCCUUGAGGGAGACCUCUGUGUGCACCCUGAACAAUUGAUUGACACAUGGGUCAGCUUCUUUGCGCAAAUGGAAGGUGGACAGAGAGUUACGAGCCAAGAGCUGUAUGACAAAUGGAAACACCAUUCCGCCAGUUUCCUGCAAACUGAGAUCUGCAUUGGACCGGACGAUGUGCCAAGCUUGACUGACCUGGAGCAAGCCUUUCGCAGAGUCAAAAGCGGUAAAGCGCUGGGACAAGAUGGCAUUCCGCCUGAAAUUUGCAAAGCUUGCCCUGUUGUUCUAGCCCGACAAUACUACAGUGUAUUGCUGAAAAUGCUCAUCCAUGGCCAAGAGUCUCUGCAUCACAAGGGUGGCACCCUUGUGCCUGCAUACAAAGGAAAAGGAUCCAGCAUGCUGCCGGCCUCGUAUCGGUCCUUACUCAUCAGCUCUCAUCUGGGCAAAGUUUUGCAUCGAACGAUUCGGCAACAUCAGGCGCAGAUCUAUGAGCAGUAUCUCUGUGCACAGCAGUUAGGAGGUAAGCGCAAAGUUCCAGUGAAUUUGGGUCUUCAUGAGGCCAGGGCAUUCCUCCGUAGCAAUCAGCUUCGUGGUAGAUCUGUUGCACUUCUCAUGCUUGAUCUAAAGGAAGCGUUUUAUCGUGUCCUUAGGCCUCUUGCCUUGGGUUGUGAAUGGACGGAUCAGCAAGUGGCCAGCAUUGCACACAGACUGUGUUUGCCUGAGAGUGCGUUGCAUGAUUUGUACAGACACCUCAGUGAACCCAGUGCCAUCGCAUGCGCAGACUUGCCUCCUCAUGUCCAGAGAUCCAUUAGAGCAUUGCACACUGACACAUUCUUCCAGGUAUCCAUGAGAGCAUUGAAACCGCCAGCCAUUUUGACCCGUAUGGACUUGCGGAACACACAGGAACGAGAGGUGGCGGAUUUUGACACCGAAGUUUUUGCAGACUGCGCUGAGGUCCUGAUGGAACGUUGCACGCUUGCUGAAAGUGUUAGUGACAUGAUUCAGCGCAUGAAAGCCAGGGUCAUCUCAUGGACGCGAUUCACGCAGACGGUACAGACCUUUGAGAACCAGGUCACCAGUGCCGAUCUGGGUUGGCAAUGUGCCAACAGUGAGAUUUUGGAUGAAGUUGGGCCUAUUGCUCAUCCACAGAGCUUUGGAACCCAUAGAUACAUUUUGCAUGCCUUUUCCGGCAGAAGGCGUCAAGGAGACUUUCAGUUUUUUCUGGAUAGUCUCAUUGGUGAUAGACCGGGGAUUGUGGUGCAUACUCUUUCAGUAGAUAUCAUCCUGGAUGAGCGUUGGGGCAAUGUGGCGGAUCCGGAAGUGCAAAGCUUUUGGUGUCAUGCUGUGCGGCAGAAAUGGGUCCUAGGUUUUCUAGGGGGUCCACCCUGCGAGACCUGGAGCAGAGCCCGGGAACAUGCCCUGGAUGAUCCAAAGGGGCGCAAUACAGGGCCCAGAGUGGUGCGGACGGGACACUGUCCAUGGGGCCUGUCCAGCCUAUCUCUUCGUGAGAUUCGACAGGUCUUCAUGGGCAACCAAUUGAUGCUCUUUUCUAUCACCAUCAUGGUUGAACUGUAUUUCACUGGAGGAUGUGGAGCCAUGGAACAUCCGGCCGCCCCCAAGAAGGAGGAAUCGGCGACAAUAUGGCGGACACCCUUACUGGAACUGCUGCUCUCCUUUGAGGCUUUUCAAUUGGUAGAGUUUAUGCAAGGACUGUUAGGUGCCAUCACAGCAAAGCCGACUAUGAUCCUCGCACUGAGGCUUCCAUGCUUGGCUCAGCAGAUUUGCCGGUGGAGGAUUGUAGAUGAAGUGCCCAAAGGGGCCAGCUUGGGACGGGGAAGUGACGGGAACUUCAAGACAAUGAUCUUGAAAGAGUACCCCCCCGCUCUCUGCGGGGCAUUAGCCUCCGCUUUCAUGCAUGAGCUCGAUGCUUUUCCCAUUGACAUCGAGGUACAGGUGCCCCCAUCAUUUCGAGCCGCUUGUGUUAACAUGCAGGUACAGACGUAUGGCACAGAAUUAGGGCCAGAUUUCAUGGGUGGCAAGGUUUGA